UGCUUGUGUCUCGUAAGAGUUAGUUUUUCGCGUCAAAGAAUGCCAUGUCACACACCGCCGGAUGGAGUGCAGCCUCGCUUAACCUACCGGUUGCGGCGGCUUGCGGACAGGCUGAACCCUUGCACCUCAAAGCGCGACCUCGAACUUUCAUCAACCUCAUUGUCACCCAUCAAUACACACUGAACAACAUCGCGCCGGAUCCUGGGAACAUGAUCGCGAGUCGCAAUCUACACAUGAACGAGCGCCAAAAGUUCCUCCAUCGAGUUUAGGCCCACAGCGCAUCUGCCGGCUUCGACGCGUGAAGGCUUGUCCACGUGUUUACGGACCCACUGCAGGAACCCGCCAUCAACAAUACCGUCACCGAAAGUGUUAAAGAGCAAGAGUUGGAACAUAACGCGCCCGAAACCG